AGUCCCUUUGACUGACCUUCCCAUCCGCCAAUCAAUCGAAUGGAUGUGUGGCGAACCUCCAAUCACAGCAGAGAAGAGGCGGGGCGUUCUCGGAAUAGCCUCUUCACUAUUACGUCAUGCGCGAACAGCUGGUCCGUUGCAAGAGCUGAAAAUGUGGACAAGCGGAGCGAUAUAAAAAUCGCGUCCGUGCCGUCGGGGCGUAAACAGUCAGUUUAUCACGAUGUGGUGGCUGGAAGGGUUUAGGUCGGGGAUGGGCCGCCCGGAGAUCCUGUUGCUUGUUUACACCUUGCUCUGCUCUCUCGGAGAUUGCCUGUUUGUAACUGACUAUUUCACCCGGACGCCUCGCAAGCUCAACGCCUACCGCUCUUUUGCCAGCGUGGAGCUGUUCCACUUCAACGUGCCUGAAGACACCGUGGUGGCUGUUUGGAACCUCAUCACCUUCAAGGAGCAAGGGGGCACCUUUGGAGACAGCUGCCCAGACCGCAAUGUGACAGUGUACUUCAGGUCAGGAGCUCCACCUGUAAUCAACCCCCUCCAGACACGUUUUCCAAAGGACACCAUUGUACCAGGCUCCUUCGCUGUCACUUUGACAUGGACGCUGCCCAACCGCACCACAGGGGUUUUCAAUGUCACCAGCCCCCUCCCAGGAGACUGGUUCCUGGCUGCACACUUACCAAAGGAUGAGGGGAAGAUCUCUGUCAAGGGUCUUCACGAGGAAUGUCAGUACCUCUUUCAACCUCAGCUCAUUGUUCAGAGACUCAUUGGGAUUUCAGUGCUGUAUCCUGGUUACUUCAUUGACCAGAUGAUUCCUCUUCACAAUAGAUCUGUACUCUACAAAGUGUUCAUCCCAAACUACAUCUCUCGGGUGAAGGUACAGCUUAUGGACUGCAAUACAAAGAACAGAAGUGGGGAGAGCUGUCCGGUUCUGCUGAAGAUCCGCUCAAGGGCCCCGCCGGUGCAUAACUCCAGCGCUAUGGACUGCAGAGAGAACGUUCCCUGUGAGCUCGAGGUCCCGCUGCCAUACUGGGAGCAGUGGUACUAUAUUUUGGUGGAGCGUUACCUCAGUAGCUCAGAUGUCUACUUUCGUAUUGGCAUUCAGGUUAAAGACUGUUCCAAGCCCAGUGUCUCCAAGGGCUCCUCAGCCAUGAACAUGCCCCAGUCAUUUGGCACUGCGAUGGGUUUCUCUCUAUCAGAGACCCUGCCUGCUGCCAGCCUGCCUAACGUGCCCCAGAACGGUUCGGAUCAAGGAUCUCUGUUAACUGCUGAAGACAGCAUCACUUACUUAGCACCCAUGGCAGACACGAAUAAAUGCUGGCCCAUCCGGCCAACGCUGCGGAAUGAACUGGACACAUUUUCAGUUCAUUUCUACAUCUUCUUUGGACCCAACAUCUCCAUCCCUCCAGACCGGGCAGCGAUAUUUGCCAUCAACCUAAUGCCGGUGCUGGACAGCGGAGGCGUCCUCAACAUGGAGCUCAAACUCAAUGUGUCUUCAGUGAGAGGAGAGAAUAUUACAAUCUUUGGCUGCCUGAAUCAUGGGAUGCCACUGUCCCUUCACGACAACACUUCAGUCUCAUGUGAAUCUGAAUCAGUUUCAGGAUUUCAUCUGUCCAUUAACACCACUGCAAAUAUCACCAAGCUGAGGAUUCCCUACCCACAAACGGGCACGUGGUAUCUGAGCCUGCGAUCCCUGUGUGCCACUGAACACGGGUUUGAGAUGUGCACUAACGUAACCGCUGAGGUGUACCUUCGAUCUUACCUGACCCCCUGCAUCAAUGACUGUGGAACCUAUGGCCAGUGCAAACUCCUGCGGACCAACAACUACCUGUAUGCUGCAUGCGAGUGUAAAGCAGGUUGGGAUGGCUGGGGUUGCACGGACAACACAGAGGCGUACUCAUACGGCUUCCAGCUGCUCUCAACUCUCCUUCUGUGCCUCAGCAACCUGAUGUUCGUCCCACCUGUGACCAUCGCCAUCCGCAGUCAUUACCUGCUGGAGGCAUCUGUCUAUAUUUUCACCAUGUUCUUUUCCACUUUUUAUCAUGCCUGUGACCAGCCAGGCAUUGUGGUCUUCUGCAUCAUGGAGUAUGACGUGCUGCAGUUCUGUGACUUCCUCGGCUCGCUCAUGUCUGUAUGGGUCACUGUUAUCGCCAUGGCCAGACUCAAAUCCAUUAUCAAACAGGUGUUGUACUUGCUGGGGGCGAUGGCUCUGUCAAUGGCCUUACAGCUGGACCGCCAUGGCCUGUGGAACCUGCUGGGCCCCAGUCUUUUUGCUUUAGGCAUCAUGGCCAUCGCCUGGACUGUGCGCACCAUCCGCCGGCGCCGCUGUUACCCGCCAACCUGGAAGCGCUGGGUCUUUUUCCUGUUCCCUGGCACCACCAUUGCCACAUCAGCGGUGGCCUUAUACGCCUUCGUGGAGACAGAGGAGAACUACUUCUACAUCCACAGCAUCUGGCACAUGCUCAUCGCCGGGAGCGUCGGCUUCCUUCUGCCGCCUCGUGCCAAACCUGACGUGAAAGUCACUCCCCUGAAGCGGCGGCGAGGCUGUGGCUACCAGCUCUGUGUGAACGAGCACGAGGAGAUGGGACUGGUGGACCCAGCGAUCAUUACCAUCAACAGCAUAUGCACCAGCUGAUGACGUUUAACAACAUGGACUUUUAUUUGCCUUUCUUCUCCUUCCUUUGGAUUAUAAAAACACGGAAAACAAAGCCAGAGAACUUACUGAUGCACUGUAAAUAACUUUUGACCGAAACACACACAGACAUACACACACUCUUGCAUAUAUGUACAAGUUUUUGUCAUCGUUAUUUGGAUUACUAUUAUUGUAAUAAUAUCGUUUGCAUUGUUAGUAUCUGGGAAUGGUUUGUGUCAGUACAGCGAUGCACUGUUAUUAGUGCAUUAUUUAAACCGUCUGAGCUGAUUUUUCUGCUGCUAUUGACAGUGACUGUAAAAUUGAAAAAUGUGUCAUGUAAUUUAUUCAUUGUUUUCUGGCACUUAAAUGACCAAAUGUUUUAUUGUGUUUAGGGGAUGCAAAGGAAGAACAUUAUGUGGAUGUAUCAAGGGCACUGCUUUUUUAGUUUUCUUUCUAAACAUCUUUUGCACUGAGACACAAAAAAUGUGAUACUGUACAUUUUUUUAAAUAUAAGUAUAGUUAUGAUCCAGUCACAAUGUGUACAUGUAUAGUAUAGUUGUUUUCAGUGGAAUGUCUGAUUGUACUUUGGAUUGUAUUGUAUUGCCUUUGCAGCAUAAUUGAUUGUCGAUUUAUAGAGGGUUUAGGAAAGUGUCCAUUGCCAAGACCAGGUUUUAAUAUGAAACCUCAGAUAAAUAACCUCAUAUUUCCUGUUGUAUUUACCUAGUGAGGAUCAGAGGGAGACAUUUUAAAGCUAAAGCAAAUAAACGUUUUAUUUUUUCGGUAUCAAAUCAGAUUCUUUAUUUGGCUAGGUGUAAAAAGUAACAUGUUGCUACUUGAAAUUGACACAGCAGACUGCUGUCACACUCUGAUUUAUCUAAGAGAUGAGAAACUGCAAACAGGGGCCUCUGGGAUUCAAAACCCAUUUUUAAAUAAAUCAUUUUCUCUUAACUUCA